AUGAUCGUCUUGUUUACCCGCAAAGAAGACCUAGAGACAGAAAGCCUACAGGAGUACAUAGGGCUGUCUGGAAACAGAGUCCUGCAGGAUUUGGUGGGGAAAUGCAAGGGCCGUUGCUGCGCUUUCAACAACAGAGGGACGGGAGAGGAAAGGGCCAGCCAGGCGGAAGAGCUGCUGUCUCUGAUUGAGAAGGUGGUUCAGGAGAACGGGGACCAGCCGUAUCUCAAGCCGUGUCUGAUGGAGAUGUCACUGAGGUCAGAUGGAAGGAAUCCUGGGGAGACUUCAAAGCAGACAGCAGCAGGGGAACCAGUGGAGGAUGAAAUGAAUGCUGGAGAAAUCCCUGAAGGGCAGAAGAAGAAGAAAUCAAAGAAGGUAGGGUACAAAGAAUGAGAAUGGGGCCCCUGUCUUUUCCAAUUGCUGAUGACUUACAUGGUAGACAAAUUCCAGCUUGGAAAAGGAGGAUGGAACAGGGUUGUUUUCAGUUGCUCCAGAGGGUAAGAACUGAACAAGCAGCUCCAAAGUAAAACGAAAAAUGAUUUAGACUAAACAUUAGGAAGAAAUUUAUAGUCCUGGGCAAGAAUUUAUUAAUUUAAUGUAUUUAUAUCCCACCUUUAUAUCCGUGGGACUCAAGGUGGCACAAGUGGUUCUCCCCCCCUUUAUUUAAUCUCAACAACAAUGCUAUUUCUAUUUCUAUUAGAGGUUUUUAAGCAGAGUAUGGGGGGGGCUCCCUAUUGAGAGGCUGCAGAAGGAUUGGGCUAGAUGACGUUUGAGGUUCUUUCCAUGGGCUUAAGGGAGGGGGGUAAAUUUUUGCUUAUUUGAGAACUCUCCGCCCAUCUCCUCCUUGACAUCUUUCUCCCUUUCUCUUGACUCCACACCAAUCACUUACCCCGGGUUUGUUUCCAACAGGCAUCGAUUUCUGCCGUGGGCUCCCUUUGUUCGUGCUUUGCCCUAAAAUCCGGAGAAGCUUCCAAAGAAGGCAAAAGAGGAGCAGGAAGAUCUCAUCCUCCAAUGUAA